AUGCCUACCAAAAAACUUAUCGGCAAUCCAGCUUUGAAUCUUAUCCACAACCUAAAGCUGUUAGGAUUUGAUGACUCCAAGUAUUGCAAAGGCACCUUCAAGUUGAACAAAAAGCUCUUCACUGAUCGAGCCACCAACAACGACAAAGCUUUGGAGUACAUAAGUCUGUUUCUAUUCCGCAAAGUCGACAAACUUCGUGUCAAGAAUGAACUGCUGCCAACUUUGGCCAAUGGAGGCUGGUGGUAUUUUAUCCACAAAAUCUUUAAAUGGCUCCAGGAAAUCCGCAGAGAGACAGAUCUAUUCAAGCAUGUCCCUCUUCGUGAAAGUGAAUUGCGUACCAAUCAAGGCGUAAAUUUGAUCAAGGUCAUGGCUGCGUUCUCCACUUAUGUCAUCCAAAGCACUAUGAAACACGCAGAUGUUGGCAAGAUCUCAACUUUGCCUAAGGCUGUAAUUCAGGACAGCAUUGUUCAAGCAGAUCAAUCCUCUGAUUUGAAUUCAGAAGUCAGCAGCACUCAUGUCAGCAAAGCAACCAAGGCAACUGAAGAAAUCAACGCAGAAUUAUCUUCUUCGCCACCACCACCUCCACCAUCUCCACCAUCACAAAAUACUAUUCCUCUGGAAUUACACUUAAUCAGGCGCUUCAAUGGCCAUAUAGGAUCCAUCUUUCGUAAUCCGCACUCUAUGCUGUCAAAUCCAGUCAACCACGAACCAGCUGUCGUAGAAGAGUCAUUCACCCUAGCUCCUUAUGGACAACCAUCCAGCUCAGUCUCCUUUGAAUCAUUGAGAGCUUUAGAAGAAUCGUCCACUUCAGUGCCUAUUGAACAACCAAGAAUUGUGGAAGAAACACCGACUACAGUCAUUCCUGAACAUUCAGAAACUAUAAACGAAUCUCCAAGCACAGUGUCUGUUGAGCAGCCGUCAGCUGUAGAAGAAUCAUGCAUUCCAGCCGUCCCUAACCACUCAGACACAUUAAGCAUAGUCUCACAUUUUACUGAUCAGCCAAACUUUACGGAAGAACUAUAUAGCUCCGUUCAUGUUGAAGAACCAGGCACCGUUGCUACACCAGAAGUUGCUGCUGAAGCACUCUCACUCAACACUGCUACAAGUAGCUCAAGCUGCCCUGAACUUGGCACAACAGAAUCCCAAGUUCCCAAUGUGAAUGUGUCAAAUACACAAGAUCUCAUGAACCUUAUGUACUACCUUCCUGGUAGUACUGAAAUUGCAUCACCCAUCUAUAUUCCACAGCUUUUUACCCCAAAUCAACAACGGGAUGUACCUGAUAUAACAAUGCCAUAUACCGCUUCCACAACACAAAAUACCAGCUCAAGAAAUAUCUUUAAUCAGUUCAACUACAUGACUGAAUCGCACCAAUUGUCAUUUUCCCACAAUCCCUCGUGUUAUGAUCCAGGCACUGCAUCGGUAUUACCCCCCUCGUCCUGUACCAAACGAAAGCUUGAGCAAGAUGACGACCAAGAUGAAAUUGUGGUGCCUUGUUCUCCCCCUCGCCAGAGAAGAAGAGUUGUGUAUGACGAUCGCGAUGAAGGCGCCACGACACUUACAACAAAUGAGAUGAAUCUUGUGCCACCACUCAUGAGCGAAGAUUUCAGCAUUUAA